AUGGCCGAUUUCAUGGAGGAGGCCUAUCGUCGGAUCAGAAGCUCGGUCUCCGUGUCUUCUGCCGAACCUGCAUCUACUCUGCCUAAACUUGGGCAACUGGAUGCGGCCCGUACCUCGCUGCCAAAAUUGUCUGACGGGAACUACCUGAACGGAACAGGCCAACAGAAGACUCUCGACCACCUGCUCAAUGAUAUCGCGCCUGCGCUGAACGGCCAGAACCUCUCGGGCAGAUAUCAUGGCUUCGUCACUGGAUCAACAUUGCCCAUAGCAGAGGUGGCGGACAACAUUGUCAGUGCCUACGACCAGAAUGUGCAAGUACAUCUACCGACACAGACAAUUGCGACCGAGGUCGAGGAUGCCGCGCUGAAGAUGUUGAUCGGGCUUCUCGAACUGGGCGAUGUAGCGGACUGGGAAGGCAGGACUUUCACCACCGGUGCUACAGCAAGCAACAUUCUCGGCUUGGCUUGUGGAAGGGAGGCUGUAAUCCAGGCCAGGCUGCCAAAGGGAGCUGACGGUGUGGGCGAACUCGGCUUGCUAGGCGCGUGUGCCCAAGCAGGUAUCCGGGACGUGCAAGUCCUGACUAGUAUGGGACACAGCUCACUAUCCAAAGCCGCGUCCAUCGUGGGACUUGGGCGAAAGUCGGUGAAGGAGCUGCCUCACAGCGACCAUGAGCCGUGGAGACUUGACUUGCACGCGGUGGAAAGGGAACUCAAGCGGCAAGGCAUCGCCAGCAUUAUUGCCCUCAGCGCUGGGGAGGUCAACACUGGCAGGUUCGCCCUGACAGGGGUCGAGGAGAUGCAGAAGCUGAGGGAUUUGGCCGACCGCUACGGUGCCUGGAUCCACGUGGAUGGAGCGUUUGGGAUCUUCGCACGCGCCCUCCCCGUAGACCCCGAGUUCUCGCGGCUGAAAGCCUAUGCCGCAGGCCUCGAGUUGGCCGACAGCAUCACGGUGGACGGGCACAAGCUACUCAACGUGCCUUACGACAACGGCAUCUUCUUCACCCGCAAGGCGUCGGUACUCACGAGUGUCUGCCAGAAUCCAAACGCUGCGUAUCUGUCCGGUGGCGCCUCGGAUAUUCAAAGCCCCCUUAAUGUCGGCAUCGAGAACUCACGGCGCUUCCGCGCUCUGCCAGUCUACGCCGUCCUGCUGAGUGAGGGCAGGGAGGGUAUUGCACACAUGCUGGCGCGGAUGGUACGGCUGGCUCGCGGCAUCGCCCAGGCCAUCAAGGACUCGCCGGACUACGUGCUUCUCGCGAGCGAAGCAGCCAGCAUCGAGGACACACACAUCACACACAUCAUCGUGCUCUUUCGCGCCAAGGACGAACGGUUGAAUGAUGUCCUCGUGGAGACCAUCAAUAGUGGCGGCCUCUGGUACGUAGGCGGCACGAAGUGGAAGGGGCAGAAGGCCGUCCGAGUCGCCGUUGCGAGCUGGAGAGUCAACGUUGAGGAGGACCUGGCGGCCGUGAAGCAGUACUUGGCAUCGAUAGCUCAGCAACAUAAGUCUGGCUGA